AUGACGCUAAUAUCUGUAAACUUUAAUAAGGCAGAGGUACAGAAAAAUAAUUUUAAUAUCUGUUUUCUCCUGCAGCGGAAGUACAGCAACGUCCCCUGUUUCUGGGAAACACAACCCGUAGGCUGUGUGAGGUUCAACUGUGCCUUCCAUCAUAGCAAACCUCGUAAUAUAAAUGGACUUUUUUUGCCACCUACCAACAGUGCCCCACUGCAACAGGGUGUCCAAGGAGGGAUUCUGCAUCCAGCACAUCGUCAAGAAUUACUCAGAAAUCAAAAGAAUAUUGUACUACCAAUUCAUCCUCCAGUGAUUAUAAACAUCAACGACGAUGACGAUGAUGAAGAGGACGAUGAAGAGGAAGAGAAUCGUGUUCCUGAGUGGGUGCCUAGGACUGCUGCAGAUCUUGAAGAGGAAAGAGCAAUAAAAGAAAUAUGCUAUAAGUCUGGAGAGUAUUACGGGAUUCAGUACCCCCACGAACACCAACCAACAAAAACUGUGUCUGCACCUCGGGAAAAUGAGCUAUUGCCCUUGGAAGCUACUGAGCAACACUUGCAGAAAGAAACCAACCACACUGAGCUGGUAAAGAGCCAUCACUAUCAAGAAGUAAAGGAAGAGAAAGGGAUACCUGAGGAGCCAAGAAAUUCACCUAAUACAGGAACAGGCAAAGGAAUUCACACUUCAGACCCCAAAGUCAAACCAAGGUACCAACAAAGGCGUCAAAUGAAGGAUGAUCGAACUGCUUCUUCUUAUAUUCCUUAUGAGAGAGAAACUGGAAGAAAGACUUACUUUAAUUCUUCAGAACCUCGAAGAUCAGCAUAUGUAGUCUACCGUACUGUCACCACCACCCAAGAACCAAAGUUCAGUGGAUCUACAGCAGUACCUGAGCCACGUGGUUGGAAAGGCUCCAAGCAAAAGAAUCAGCUUGAUACUAAUAGAAGAUUUUGGACCCAAAUGGAAAACUAUGACAAAUAUACUUCAGGAUCUUACAAUGCACCAACUCAGAGGAAAAGAAAUCCACAUGCAAAAACGUUCUCUAAGUCUAAAACAACUAUUCAGAGCCAAGAAGACAUGGAAGUGAAUAGAAAAGGAGAACGAUAUAUAGACAGAAGAAAGAGAUGAAGCAAGUAAUUCAAUUUAUUACAAAUAAAAUCUAAAUUGAAAUAAGGAUAUUAUCAACUGGAAAAUCCAAAGAUGAUAAAAUUAUAAAUUCCAAAAAUAAGGUGCAGCAAGUACACGAUAACAUUUCAAAACUGAUAAAAUGGAAAUUAAAAAAGUGUGCUCUUGUGGUGAGUUGACCCUGGCUGGAUGCCAGGUGCCCACUGAAACCUCUGUAUCACUCCCCUCUCAGCUAGACAGGGAAGAGAAGAUAUA